CUCUCCUAACCCCACACUCACGCUUAAAAGGGAUUCAGAGACAGACGCUUGCUUCCAAUCGUGGCUGAGCGAGUGAUUCGUCUGGGGUAGAGCUGAUUGUUCUGUACUUUACUAGCAGACAAAUAAAAGACAGCACUGAAGAACCGAGUUUAAAGAAAGCAUCUUAAGAAAAGAUAAAGAUGCCACAGAACGUGGUGCUGGACGGUCCAGCCCCUUGGGGAUUUCGGCUUUCUGGAGGCAAGGACUUCAACCAGCCGCUGACUAUAACUCGGGUGACACCCGGCAGUAAGGCAUCACUGGUCAAUCUGUGCCCGGGUGACAUCAUUUUGGCCAUCCAGGGAGCGUCGACAGAGAGUAUGACUCAUGCCGAAGCUCAGAAUAAGAUUAAAGACUCCACCAAUCAGCUUCUCCUCAAGCUGGAGAGGCCAGAAACUAAACUCUGGUCACCUCAAGUUAUAGAAGAGGGGAAAGCGCACCCAUUCAAAAUCAAUCUGGAGGCAGAAAAGCAAGACAUCGAUUACUUCGAACACAAGUUUAAUGUCCGACCAAAGCCCUUCAAAUCUGCAAGCCAAAGCAGUACAUCGCAGAGGUUGAUGGGAAAUGUAUCUCAGGUGCCAUCAGCUGUGUGUAAUGCAGUUGCUGACCCCAGCAAGAAUGAGACCCUCGUUCUUUCUGCUCAGUACAACUCCCCCAUUGCAUUAUACUCAACAGACAAUGUGUCAAAUACAGUCCAGCAGGCUCAGAUGUCCGCUGUAGUCAGGCAGGGAUCACCCAGCCCUAAAACCCUGCAAUCCAUUGAGGAGUCUCACGUGUACCGUAUGCUCCAGGAGGACCAAGAGCAACCACAUGAGCCACGUCAGUCAGGCUCUUUUAAGGCUCUCCAGGAUUAUGUGGAGAGUGAUGGCACAAAGCCUAUGGUGACUAGAAGUGUAAAGGCCCCAGUAACAAAGCCCCAAGCAGCCACAUCCUCACUACAGAAGCUGCCUCUCUGUGAUAAAUGUGGUACCGGCAUUGUCGGAGCGGUUGUGAAAGCCCGGGACAAGUACCGCCAUCCGGCCUGUUUCGUGUGCUCAGACUGCGGUUUGAACUUGAAGCAGAAGGGCUACUUCUUUGUGGAGGGACAGAUGUACUGUGAAACCCACGCUCGGAUGAGAAUGUGCCCACCCGAGGGACACGACCUAGUUACAGUGUAUCCCACUGCUUAGACUCCCAUAACUCAUGUUAUUUACAGCUAAUAUUAGAAUAUUUUUAUUAUGCUUUAUGCUUCUUUUUCAUUUUCCAUUAAUCGCAUAUUUGAGUAAAUGACACGGCUCAUAUCCAAACUUCAGAGGGGAUGUUAGUUUAUCAGGGGGAUGCAAGAUACUGAUUCUCAAAGCUUUAAUCCAUUUCUAGUUGAAAAAAAUAUAUGAAACAUAUCAGGCACCGGCACUGAAGAAAACAACACAGCCUAAUCCCUUUAGGUUUAAAUGAUUCUCUAAAUAAGCACGAAGAGGCAUAUUGCUCUCAACACAGGUUCAUCUAUGAAGGUGGGUCAGAAAAAAGAUUCUGAGCAAAGAACCGUUUCAAGAGAAUACUGAAUGCUGAGUUUUUAACCGAAUACCAAUGUUUAAAAAAAAUCUAUUGUUUAAAAUGUUGUGUGUGUGUGUGCUCUUAAUUAAAUUAUUUGUGUAUCAAUGGCA